GAAAGUAGACUAUUUAACAGCUCUGGUGUAUACAAACUGUAAUGCUACAUAAAUGGAUAUACUUGAUGUCCUGUAUGAUGAAGGAGUUUUUUUCCUGAUGAAUAUUCAACUAUGAUUCCUGAAACUGCAGCAGCUUUAGCAGCAAGUGUCUCAUUGUAACCAGAAACUCAAUAAAAACAAAUGUGGUCUUUGACUGCUGCUCAGCUCUUCUGCAUGCUGAAGCCUAAUGAAGUUAGUGAGAGAGGAGUCUCAGACGGUGCUAAUGGGAGAUGGCCAAGAAAACCAGACAUGUGAUGAGAAAAAUACCAACUUCAUGUGACCCAUGGCUAAGGAGUGGCUCAUAGAAGAAGACAAACACUCAUUUGUGUUGUUUUCCUCAGUCAGUGCUGAGCCAGUGAGGAGACUCCAUCCGUCAGCCUGUCUCAAUCAUCUCCACCUUGGAUGAAGCCCCAGUGCUCAGCAUGCAGACUAUUAAGACUGUGGAGACCCAGGUGCCUUUUCUGAAAGAGAGUUUCUUCACCACCACUUUCAAAGGCAGGAGGAAGAGCAGCGUCACCAACAUCCUCCGUAAACAACAGCACUCACUUCUGAAUCAACAACUGCAGCAACAUCAGUCUAUUUUAGAGCAGCAGCAUCCCCAACAAUUUCUUCCCCCUGCGGUGGAAAAUGGACAAGGACAGAGCACUCCGGAGCAUCAGCGCCUUGCUCGCUCCAACAGCAGCCCGUUAUGCAAGACGGCUGAGCAUGCAAGAGCAGAUGGGGAUAGAAAGGAGGGGCAAAAAGAGAGGAAGGAUCAGAGAGUGAACGAGCCUGAGCAGGGGAGGAGGGGGGUGAGUGGUAGUGAGCCCGCGGCUGUCAGUGCCAGUCUCCUCCUACUUUCAUCAUCAGCAUCAGCGGCACUGGGGGGGGCAGCAUCAUUCUCACAGCUGCCUCUAACUGUGGUGGGCAGACAGCAAGGAUUAGACGGCUCUGAAAGGGCUCUGACCGACAAGCCACAAGCAUCAGUUGCAGCCUCGGAGGAAGCCCAGCAUGCUCAGCAACCUCGACCCCAGCAGUAUGGCCUGUUAGCCAAGGGUGUUCGUCUGCUCAGGAACAUGGGGAACCAGGAGGCAAAGCAGAAAAAAGGAGGGGGAAAUGGUGGAGCAGCAGGGGAUGCAGCCUGUGACGGUGAUGCUGAUGAGAGAGAAGUGGAUAAGAAAUCCAAAAAGUCCCACAGUAAGUCGAGCAAAGGAGGAGGGGAAAACAGCGGCAAGAAGAAGUCAAAGUCGGAGUCGAAGGGUUCUGUGUUUUCUGGCAUGAAGAUCAGGAAGAGUUUAUCAAAGGCCAAAGGGUUGUCCAAGGAUGACAUGCUGGAAGAUGGCAGGUCAGGACACUUGGGUAAAUCAGGGCUCAAGCUUGGAGCAGAGGCGAGUCUAUCAGCUGAUGAGCUGGGCAUGCUAUCAGAUGUCGAGGGGGAUCUAAGCCGCUUUACCGCAGACAGUCACCAAUCUAUGGUGGAAAAAAAUGGCAGGAAGACAAGUUCAGGCUCGGAUGCUGACCUCUACAGUUUUCACUCAGCAGCCGCUGAAAAUGAAGACCUGCUCUCCGAUAUCCAGCAGGCCAUUAGAGACCAAUGUGAAGCCAGUGACACGGUAUUGGAAAUGGUGGCUGAAAGGUCAACUUCUGGGACUGACGAACCCUCUGAGAAGGUAACAUCCCAGCAGAGUUUUAAUCUGGGAACUGAAGUUGUUCCUUCAGCUGUUGCCAGUGAGCAUGUGCCUCAAGAAGAGAACAACAAAUUCGAGAAUGAAAUUUGUGACAUACCCAUUUCAAGGAAAUCUUCUGGUCCUGGUUCUUUGAGUGAGAGUGCUCCAUCAUCAUCAGCCCCAGACACAGAAAGAAGCAGUGGUAGUGUAUUCCCUAAAACAAACAGCACAUAUAGCUUCCCAGAAACUACAACCACCACCAACACCUCUUAUGAGAGCGCUGAGGAGCCCCAGGAUGACCUGGAGAGUCCUGAGCAGGGUCAAGGAAAUAUGUGUGUGCCAUGUGUUCGUUUGGAUCCUGUGGUGGCAGGAGCAGGACCAAUUGGUUAUCACAAGAGUGUGAGCAGCAUGGACCUAUCAAUGGAGAGAGAAGGGGAGGAAGGAGAGGAAAUCCGAAGACAAGACUUUCUGUCCCUGCAAAGAAGGAAGAAUAGUUUGUCUUUUAGCCAGCUAACACCUGACAUCCUCCCUGGUUCCCACUCUAGACGGACAUCCUCCACCUCCCCCUCCACAGUCAAACUCUACCCCCCAGUCCACCCCUCCUAUGUCAAGACCACCACCAGGCAGCUCACCUCCCCAAUUGGCUCUCCAAUUACCAGCCCCAAUGUGCCCAGGAAAACCGACACUGGUUCAGUGGAGUCCAGCAGGGCCCACCAUUUUAGGAGGCACAAGCAGAGGUCCUGCUCCAUUGGUGGGCCUCUUGGUGGGUCUGCAGACUGGUUGACAGAGCUGAAUGAGCUUAGAGCAAGGCAGGGCAAUGGGGCCAGAUACUCAGAGCCGGAGAUCCAAGAACAGGGUCACCCAAGUGGGACUUACUGGACGCUGGGUUCCAGGAGAGCAAAACAUGGAAGGAAGAACUCCAUGUCCUACCUGGAUGUCUUCUCUGGUCGCACUCUGUUGGACCGGCUGUGUAUGCAUCAUGGAGAUGGCUCUGCAGAAGAAGAAGGAAAGGAGAUGUGUCACCGAAUGUUGGUCCAGGGUUUGCUGCACCCCUUCAGUGAUGGCACCACAGAGCUCCAUGAUGACUGCACUGUCUCAGCAGUCUUUAAUGAGGAGCAGCUGUACACCUGGGCUUCUGUAGGCCUGCCAGUGUCUUCCCACCUAUGGGAGCUGUACGGCGGGCGGACCACAGGCAGAGAGCAGAGCUUCAGAUCCACUUUAAAUCAGUCAUCAGCCAAGACACCAGGGGCUCUGCACUCUCCGACAGAAUCCAUCAGGUUGAAAUCAGGUCAGUCGUCCUCCGAGGAUGAAAGCUGUCUCAUCCCUCAGCUGGAGAGGACCAUCGAUGACCUGCGGAUUAAGAUCGCUGUGUUGCAGGGCCAGCAGGCCUCCUUGGCAAAGGGCAGUCUGGAUAAUACAGGAGCCCCGGGCGCUGCCAGCCACAAGGCCUCACAGAUGAGAGGAGGACGCUUGGUAAGGACAAGCCAGGAGGUUUCUGUGCAGACAUCGCCCGUGGAGGAGGGGUUCAAGUUUGAUGUGCCUUCAAGCGGAGGAUCAGCUGGCAUGUCAGCCUCCAUCCACAAACCAGCAGAGAGUUUUGUCUGCACGUGCCAGCAGAGGCAGCAGAGCAGCACCCAUCUACCUCCUCGUCCUCCAAUCUCUUGUAGUGCUCCCCCUCCUCCUCCUCCCCCUCCUCCACCACCUUUAGCAGGGGGUGUUGUUCCUCCUCCACCACCUCCUCCCCCUCCUUUAACUGGGUUUGCAUCUUGUCCACCACCUCCUCCUCCUCCUCCACCACCACCAGGUUUUGGUCCUCCUCCACCACCUCCUCCUCCUCCUCCUGGUUUCGGCCCUCCGCCCCCACCACCUCCUCCACCGCUAGGUAUGGGCCCUCCUCCUCCACCCCCUCCACCUGGAAUGGGCCCCCCUCCUCCACCCCCACCCCCAGGCUUCGGGCCUCCACCUCCACCAGGCCCCAUGCCCUCCCUGAUGCUGCAGGAAGCCGCCCCUACCAAGGCCAUGAUUGAACCCCCCAAGCCAAUGAAGCCGCUGUACUGGACACGCAUACAGCUACAUGCUAAAAAACCUGUCAACUCACUUGUUUGGGAGAAAGUCCAGGAACCAUCUGUAAACUUUGAAGAAUUUGUUGAGCUAUUCUCCAAAAGUGCUGUUAAGGAGAAGAAAAAGCCAAUUUCAGACACAAUCAGCAAGUCCAAGGCCAAGCAGGUGGUGAAGCUCUUAAGUAAUAAGCGCUCGCAGGCUGUGGGGAUUCUCAUGUCAAGCAUUCACCUGGAUAUGAAAGACAUCCACAAUUCCGUUCUUAACAUGGACAACACAGUCGUUGACCUGGAGACUCUGCACGCCCUCUAUGAAAAUAGAGCUCAAGCAGAUGAGAUGGAUGGCAUUAACAAGCACAUUAAAGCAUCCAAAGACAAAGAGGACGCCAAGCCUCUGGAUAAGCCUGAACAGUUUUUAUUCCAGUUAUCCCAAAUCCCAAACUUCUCUGAGCGAGUGUUCUGCAUCCUGUUCCAGUCAACUUUCCAUGAAUGUAUCACCUCGGUCCACCGCAAAAUAGAAAUCCUUCUGAGAGUCUGCAAGACUUUGCAGAUUGGUGAGUGUGUACUGCAGGUGCUUGGCCUGGUGUUGGCUUUCGGCAACUUCAUGAACGGAGGGAACCGGUCUCGAGGGCAGGCUGAUGGUUUCAGCUUGGACAUUCUGCCAAAACUGAAGGACGUGAAGAGCAGUGAUAACUCCCAGAGUCUUUUGUCCUACAUUGUUGCUUACUAUCUAAGGCACUUUGAUGAGGAUGCUGGCAAAGAGACGUGCAUCUACCCUCUGCCCGAGCCCCAGGACCUUUUUCAGGCCUCCCAGAUGAAGUUUGAAGACUUUCAAAGAGAUCUGCGCAAGAUGAGGAAAGACCUCAACGUGUGCUCAAGUGAGACGGAGAAAGUUUGCAAGUCAUCUUCUGAAGACGACCUGCAGCCCUUUAAGAACAAGAUGGACGAGUUUCUUAGCCAAGCUAAAACCGAAUUGGAAACACAAGAGAAGCAGCUGGCAGACACUCAGAAGAUCUUCUUGGAGUUGAGCGUGUCAUUCUCCGCUAAACCAAAGGCAGGAGAGAAGGAGGUCUCUCCCAACACUUUGUUCUCCAUUUGGCAUGAGUUUUCCACUGAUUUCAAAGACCAGUGGAAGAAGCAGAAUAAGCUGAUGCUGCAGGAACGGGUAAAAAUGGCUGAAGAAAGCUUCAAACAGGCCAGGGAGAAGGCCUCCUACAAUGUGAAACCCAAACAUGCAACUGGAAUAAAAGCAAAGCUGGGUCAGAAGAUCUGAAGCAGGCGAGUGGAAAAUUAUCAUCAAGCAGCCCUAUUGCACAAGCACCGUUUGUACAAUCUGACAGUGAUUCACGAGUCGUUUUUACAAAUGUAUUUGCCUCCAGUAUUUGUUGUCAAUUGAUUUAGUUCAGUUGUUUAUUGUGAGACAGUUCAAAGUGGAUAUGAUAUUGUUUAAACGUAGGAUGAAAUAUCACAUUACCAGCCACAUUUUCAGAGCACUUCCAUAAUUGAGUGAAAUAUCGCUGCAGUGAGCAAAUGUAGUGGAGUCAUCUGCAAGAAGAAAAAUCUUCUCCUGCAGUCUGAAAUUUGUAGCAAAAUUAUAUCAAAGCUUCCUCUGUAUUUUAUAAGCCAUAUGUAGCCUGUUUUGUUUUUGUGCAAUUGCCAGCCUGUUUAACUAGAAAGGCAUGAACAUGUCGUCCUUAAAAGGCACAGAGUUUUUUAUAAGAUUUCUACACGGUGGGUAUGGAUCAUCAGUGCCUUACUGCACAGUGCAGAGGUGAAAUGAGUGCUUUCUGAGACAUAUCAUCAGUGAUUAAAUGUUAUGUGUAGAGAGGAAAAAAAAGAUUUUACAUAGAUUGAAACACGACAGUUGUACAUUCCUUUACUGUGAUGAUUAUACAGCAACUUCUCUAUUGUGAUUUAAAAUCCUUAAAGGCCAUGAAUACCCUAAGUGGUGUGAUCUGAAACAGACCUACGUAUGUUUUAUUCAGCAGUUUUGUCAACUUGCUUUACAUUCGAAGCAAAUCCUAUGCACCUAGUUCUGCCUUUCCCACUUUGUAAGAGUGUGUGAACCCCCAAGCUAAUGGAGACAUAGGAUUAUGUGAUGUGACGUUAAUGUGCAAUACCCACAAUAUGUUUUGAUUGAAUAGCCUUGACCAUAAAAAAUAUAUUUAUUGAAUAAAAGACAUAACAUAA